AUGCUUAUUAUGUCCUGUCUACUAAAGAUAAGCGAAGGAUAUGGAAGCACUGAGACCACUGCUGCCAUAACCUGCACUCUUCCGAGGGAGUAUAGGUCAGGCAACCUUGGCCCACCCCUUCCUGUUGCACAUGUCAAACUCGCUGAUGUACCAGAAAUGAGUCUCGUCGGAGUUCGGGACAACAAGGGCGAGGUGAGUGCCAUAACAGCUCUUUGUUGUAAAAUGGGUAUAUGA